AGCCUAUAGAAUUAGCCAUCGUGAUGGAUGGAGGGAGAUGCGUUUCUGUGGUCCAAGGCCUGAAGGCUGAGUACACACUCUUCUGCCUUGUAGGUUCCAGGGAAGACAGCAUCCGGGUUAGUUCAGUCUUGCCCAUUUUUUUCCCUUUUCCCCUGUGUCCCCCGAGCUUGCCUCCUUCUGGUCCUGUUGUCAGCACAUUCUAGCCUCAGCAUUCUCUAGAUCUGCCAGCUUUAACAGCAGUCCCUGCUUUUACCCUAGCAACAGAAGGCUUUUUUAUAUCAGAGAGGAUAGUAGACAGUGCCAGAGCCAACCGCAUUUAUAUAACACAACUGAGAACAGGUCUGUCCGUGCUUUGUAGAAGCUUUACCCCUGGUGCCUUUCUCUUUGUACAUUCUUUUUCUUUCUUCAAGUCUAGAGAAUUCCCAGCAGUCAGUGUCUUGCGAUUACAAAUUUAAUGUGAUGCUGAAAAUAAAAUGGUCAGAACUUCUGGGGGUGUUUCUACCCUGCCUGGUUUUUGCUGUUUGAGCAUCUAUUAGUAUGUCUUAUAGUCACCAUCUCAGGAAUAACUUGGUUCCCUUUUCUUUGUUAUCGUAACCACAGUAGCAGAGAUUCCUUUUGAUGUACUAGUUUUAGGCAGCAUUGAACCAUUUUCUAUAGCAAACUCACAAGUGGUCUUCCUGCUGAUCCCUUACGAAUAGACAAAAGUUUAUCACUGUCUUGAGUUUGCUCAUUUUCCAUGAAAAGUGAUUGGAAUUUGAUAGGGAACAAGAAUGACAUAAACACGUUGUACUUAUAAACUGCGUGGAAUUUUUCCCCCAUUUGUUUGAAGGACGACGUCACGGGAUAAGAAUUGUUGAAGAGAAAUAGGCACCAGUAAUCUGACAUGUGUCAGCACAGCUGGUGCUUCUUGGGUCCAUCUCUGUGCCCUAGAAUAGAAGCGAUAUAACAGGACAGGUGUGAUGUGUAUCACCAAGGUGAGUGUGGAGGCCUUUAUAGCUGGUCGUUUUAGAGCUACCUCUUCCCUCCUUUGAAAUUUGCUUUGUCUUGGGUUUUCCCUUUUAAUCACUUCAUAAGUAUUUACAGUGCUCCCAUAUCCUGUACAGUUUGGGGUGGUACACUGAUAUUUGCUCAUUUAACCAUGAUUGGUGGUGAAAUAAGUGUCCUAAGUACAUGAAAUUUUUCAAAUAACUAAAGUUGAAGCUAAGAUGGGACAUAGGUGACUUGUGGAGAAUAAUCUCAUUAUACUGCUUAUAAUUCCAAGCACCAAGUUAGUGUAAUCUUUUUAUGAAAUGAAGGGGAGGUAUUUUAAAUUCUUCGUUACAUUUGCUUGUCAUCUUAAGCACCACACAAAGCAUAAUUCUUAUAAGCCAGUUUUGGUUCUAUUAAAACAGAGUGAUAUCCUCAGGGGCUUUGGAGGCGAAACUAUUUGCCUUUCCACCGAAAGGUGCCAACCUGCUUUAUCUCUUGAGUGAUGAUGGCUACGUGGUGGAGGCAUUUUGGUUUUCUCUCACUUGCCUUUAUAUCCGUGCUCAUGCCCAGCAACCUCUUCCAUCCCCACCUUCUACUUUGCUGCUUCUAAUUACUUACGGUCUGCAAAGCCAUUCAUUCAUUUAGCCAACAAACCCUCGCCAGUUAUACCACACAUUGGGUACUGUCCUCAAGGACUUGGAGAGCAUCAGAAUGUAACAGAGUCUAUUCUUAUCCUCGUGGAGCUUGUGGUCCAGAGGGGAAGACAACACUAAGCAGAUGAAUGUGUAACUACAAAAUAAAGGUAGUCGUAUAGGAAAAACAGGAAUGAGGGGAUGGAUAAACAACAAGGUCUUACUGCAUAGCACAGGGAACUGUAUUCAAUAUCCUGUGAUAAACCAUACUGGAAAAGAAUAUGGAAAAGGAUGUAUAUAUAUGUAUAACUGAGUCACUUUGCUGGACAGCAGAAAUUAACACAACACAAUAUAGUAAGUCAACUAUAUUUCAAUAAAAUAAAUUUAAAAAAAUAAAGCAUUUAUUAGCCUAAAAAAAUGUAUAUGAGGGGAGAAUAUGAGACCAGUUUUAAGUUGGGGAGGGGAGGGCAGGGAUGGCAUUUCCAAGUAAGCCCUAACUCUGGUAAAGGUUUUGCAUUCCAUCGUAAGUCAUGUGGGGAGCCAUUGAGAGUUUUAAGCAGGGGAUGGAAGGAUCAGAUUUGGCGUGUCAGUUGGAAUGGGUGUCAAGAAAGGAAGCCACGAACUCCAUACUCUGCUGGACUCUCCGAGGAGCUUGGAUUCCUCAGUACCACCAGGGCUCAGCUGGAACAGAAGGCCCCAAGUCUCAUUGGCAAAUACCACCAUGUCGACCGCGUCACCGGCCAGGUGCUUACCUGCGACAAGUGUCCGGCAGGAACCUAUGUGUCUGAGCACUGUACCAACACAAGCCUGCGUGUCUGCAGCAGCUGCCCCACGGGGACCUUUACCAGACACGAGAACGGCAUUGAGAAAUGCCACGAGUGUAGUCAGCCGUGCCCCCGGCCGAUGAUUGAGAAAUUACCUUGUGCUGCCUUGACUGACCGAGAAUGCACUUGCCCACCUGGCAUGUUCCAGUCAAAUGCUACCUGCGCCCCCCACACGGUGUGCCCUGUGGGUUGGGGGGUGCGGAAGAAGGGGACGGAGACGGAGGACGUGCGGUGUAAGCAGUGUGCUCGGGGGACCUUCUCUGAUGUGCCUUCCAGUGUGAUGAGAUGCAGAGCGUACACAGACUGUCUGAGUCAGAACCUGGUGGUGAUCAGGCUGGGGACCAAGGAGGCAGACAACAUCUGUGGCACGCUCCCGCCCCUCUCCAGCACCACCCCUCCUUCCCCUGGCACCAUCAGCCUUUCCCGCCCUGAGCACGUGGAACCCCACGAAGUCCCUUCCUCCACUUAUGUUCCCAAAGGCGUGAACUCAACAGAAUCCAACUCUUCUGCCUCUGUUAGACCAAAGGUGCCGAGUGGCAUCCAGGAAGGGACAGUCCCUGAGAACACAAGCUCAGCGAAGGGGGAGGAAGGUACGAACAAGACCCUCCCAAACCUCCAGGUAGUCAACCACCAGCAAGGCCCCCACCACAGACACAUCCUGAAGCUGCUGCCGUCCAUGGAGGCCACCGGGGGCGAGAAGUCCAGCACGCCCAUCAAAGGCCUCAAGAGGGGCCAUCCCAGGCAGAACCCACACAAGCACUUUGACAUCAAUGAGCAUCUGCCUUGGAUGAUCGUGCUUUUCCUGCUGCUGGUGCUUGUGGUGAUCGUGGUGUGCAGUAUCCGGAAAAGCUCGAGGACGCUGAAGAAGGGGCCCCGGCAGGAUCCCAGCACCAUUGUGGAAAAGGCGGGGCUCAAGAAAUCCAUGACCCCCACCCAGAACCGGGAGAAGUGGGUCUACUACUGCAAUGGCCACGGUAUUGACAUCCUGAAGCUUGUAGCAGCCCAAGUGGGAAGCCAGUGGAAGGAUAUCUAUCAGCUUCUGUGCAAUGCCAGCGAGAGGGAGGUGGCCGCUUUCUCCAACGGGUACACGGCGGACCACGAGCGGGCCUACGCAGCACUGCAGCACUGGACCAUCCGGGGCCCCGAGGCCAGCCUGGCCCAGUUAAUUAGCGCCCUGCGCCAGCACCGGCGCAACGAUGUCGUGGAGAAGAUCCGUGGCCUGAUGGAAGAUACAGCCCAGCUGGAAACUGACAAGCUGGCUCUCCCGAGGAGCCCCAGCCCGCUUAGCACGAGCCCAGUCGCCAGCCCCAACCCGAAACUUGAGAAUUCCACGCUUCUGACGGUGGAGCCCUCCCCGCUGGAUAAGAACAAGGGCUUCUUCGUGGACGAGUCCGAGCCCCUCCUUCGCUGCGACUCCACGUCCAGCGGCUCCUCGGCGCUGAGCAGGACCGGAUCCUUUAUAACCAAAGAAAAGAAGGACACAGUGCUGCGACAGGUGCGCCUGGACCCCUGCGACUUGCAGCCUAUUUUUGAUGACAUGCUCCACAUCCUGAAUCCCGAGGAGCUGCGGGUGAUUGAAGAGAUUCCUCAGGCCGAGGACAAGCUGGACCGGCUGUUUGAGAUCAUUGGAGUCAAGAGCCAGGAAGCCAGCCAGACCCUCCUGGACUCUGUUUAUAGCCAUCUUCCCGACCUGUUGUAGAACACGAGGAAUACUGCACUCUGGAAAUUACUCAAUUUAGUGGCAGGGUGGCGUUUUUAUUCUUAUUUUUUUUUAAUUUUUGUUUUUUGGUGUGUGUGUGUGCGUGUGUGUGUGCGCGUGCGCGUGUGUGUGUUUAACAGAGUAUAUGGCCAGUGUUUUGAGUUCAUUCUUUCUUUUUAAAAACCCUCCUGGGAAGUUAGCAUAUAAGCCUUUUCAACUGUUUCAGAAUAUCCACCACUGAAGUUUUUUUAGGUUCCGUAUUUUCUCUGUCUUGCCUUCGUAUGUAUUCUCAAAAUUGUUCUGUGCACUUUAAAUUCACUUAAUGUAUCACAAAUACAGUGUGGCUUUUCCCACACACUGGAUUAUGAGGCUCUUAACUUCUUAAAAGUGUCAUAGCAUCUUGUGAAUGCUAUAAGCUGUCUUCAUGUCUCAACAUUCACAUCUGCUUUAUUAUUAUUAUUAUUAUUACUAUUUUAUUAUUUGCCAUUUAUGAAUUUUCUUAAGGGUUCAAGAAACGUAAGACCCCAUUGAGUUACUGUAACGCAAUUAGAUCUUGAAGUAUCUUUUUAACAUGCCUCGUUGGGUAGUUCAUAUUUAUGGCUGAAACUUGACCACACUGUUGCUGAUUAUAUGGUCUUCACCUGGACACCGUGUUGAAUGCUUGAUUACGUGUGCUCCCCUUACGCUAUUCUGCUCUGGGCUGGAGACAUGAGAUCCUCACAAGCCAUCAUGACUUGCUAUUUGAGUGGCUUGACAACUGGGCCACCAAGGAACUUGAACUUCAACUUUUAGAGAUUGAGCUGUUCUGGAACAUAUUGCUGCACUUUGGAAAGUCACAAUUGAAGUGCUGGUGACAAAUGACACCUUUUCCAAAGGGAAUUUGUCCAGCUUUGCUUUACAAGAUGUCUUGUUUUUUAUACACACAUAGUCGAUAGGUCUGGUCUGCCCUCAGGGCCUCGGUCUUGGGGGGUUUCCUUCAUUCAAUCACUUUAGUUAAAAAUGGCUGCAGCUUUAAGAACUCUUGUCUGAUCUAUUUGCAACUCUGCUCCCAUUUAUACACGUGCUCUUUGAUGCUUAGUUGCUGAAUUCUAAUGCAAAGGUGGUGUGGACUCCCUUUGUGUGGGUGGGGUUUGUGGGUAGUGGUGAGGGACUGAUAUCAGAAAACUGCCUUCAAGUGUACUAAUUUAUUAAUAAAUAUUAGGUGUUUGUUA